GUUUCUACAAUUUACAUUAAAUACAAUGUUUCUACAAUUUACAUUAAAUACAAUGUUUCUACAAUUUACAUUAAAUACAAUGUUUCUACAAUUUACAUUAGAUAUAAUGUUUCUACAAUUUACAUUAGACACAAUGUUUCUACAAUUUACAUUAAAUACAAUGUUUCUACAAUUUACAUUAGAUAUAAUGUUUCUACAAUUUACAUUAGAUACAAUGUUUCUACAAUUUACAUUAGACACAAUGUUUCUACAAUAUACAUUAAAUACAAUGUUUCUACAAUUUACAUUAAGUACAAUGUUUCUACAAUUUACAUUAAAUACAAUGUUUCUACAAUUUACAUUAGAUAUAAUGUUUUUACAAUUUACAUUAGAUACAAUGUUUCUACUAUUUACAUAAGAUACAAUGUUUCUACAAUUUACAUUAGAUACAAUGUUUCUACAAUUUACAUUAAAUACAAUGUUUCUACAAUUUACAUUAGAUACAAUGUUUCUACUAUUUACUUUAAAUACAAUGUUUCUACUAUUUACAUUAGAUAUAAUGUUUCUACAAUUUACAUUAGAUACAAUGUUUCUACAAUUUACAUUAGAUACAAUGUUUCUACAAUUUACAUUAGAUACAAUGUUUCUACUAUUUACUUUAAAUACAAUGUUUCUACAAUUUACAUUAGAUAUAAUGUUUCUACAAUUUACAUUAGAUACAAUGUUUCUACAAUUUACAUUAGACACAAUGUUUCUACAAUAUACAUUAAAUACAAAGUUUCUACAAUUUACAUUAAGUACAAUGUUUCUACAAUUUACAUUAAAUACAAUGUUUCUACAAUUUACAUUAGACACAAUGUUUCUACAAUUUACAUUAGACACAAUGUUUCUACUAUUUACAUUAGAUAUAAUGUUUCUACAAUUUACAUUUAG